AUGACCAACCAUACGGACCUAUACAUUAUCCAGCAUGUUUUUCUGCCACCUCAACUGCCCCAAGCCGAUGAUUUUAGCCCGGAAAAUGAGAGCGCUUUGGUCCAAUUCGUCAAAGAUUCUGUUGCCGAUUUCUACGAGCACGUCCCCAGUAGCCAAAAGGCUUCCGUGAGGAUCGCCAUUGGCCUGAUGGAAGCCAUGAUGUGCGUUCAUCGGCCUCUGGGAGACACGGUUGCCAUUGAUCAGCACAGCCUCCUCGAACGUUUAAUGAGUAUGGCCGUAAAUGACAUCAUUCCUCUCAAUGUCAGGGCCCAGAAUGCUGGUGUACUCAUCACUAAGACCCACGAUGCACUGCAUAUGGAGGCGUUUGAGCUGUCUCCAACCAAUGAGGCAGUUAUGUCAACCUUGGGUCGCCUUCGAAGGACCUUCCCCGGAACUGGAAUAUCCAUAGAUCUAGAGAAGGUCAGCCAACAGGGGUGCCAGGAGGCGCUUACUGCGGCUUUGUCGACGAUGAGCUCCCAGCCCGCGCCAGGAACCCAACCACUAGCAAAGAAAGCUGGGCAUCUUCAUCAGGAGAAGCGCGACACCACAAGUCCAAAAAUUGUCACCGAGCUGCUAUUUUCGUCUUUUCAAGCUAUUGGAAAACCUCUUGACGGCACCAGGAUCUGGAAAAAUACCCGGGAAGAAGUCAACUGGAGCCAUGCUCUUCUUCCAUGGCGUCGUUCCCCGACUUGGUUGCUCGUCAGAGUGAGUUUACAACUGGCAUUUGGCCGCAGUCUCAAUGGCACGAAUCUUUACAAGAUGUUCAUGAUUUUUUUCAUGGCCAGGGUACUUCGCCACAGCAUCGACUCGAACAUUGAAACCCCAUCAGAUCUCAUCCUCGUCAUGGUGUCGAAACUUUCUAGGCGAAUGCGGAAGAUUUCAAGCGGCCGCAUUCCUGCCAUUGUUGAUCGUGUGCACCAGGCGAUGUUACGGUCUAACCAGCUUCUUGCGAAACGCUGGGAUCGCAUCCAACAGCGAGACUCGCUUAGUCUAGCCACAGAAUUAGCUGAUCUCAAAACGUUGGAUUUCGAUGAAGACUCGCACAUGCAUCUACCAGUUCUUGAUAGUUUCCUGGCAUCUAUCGACAGUCGAAGAUGUCACUCGGAAGGUCUCGACUUUAUUCCCUCUUGGACUUUGGUCAAGUACAACUCGGAAACCUUCCCUUCAACUGUGCAAAUACCAGACAAGGAGCAUUUGCAUUUGCAUCUCAGCGUCUUCGAAAUAUGGGUUGAACGCCAUUUACAGGCUUGGCUACAACGCGAGGCCAACAAAGGUUACGAUGGGUCAUGCGCCAAGAUACGAAGCAUCAUUGAAGAGUAUCACACUACCGCCAGCAAAGCUUACGCUGGGAACCCCGAGUCAGUUUCCGUUAUGCUCCUGACAAUAUUGGAACUAUGGAUCGCUUGUGACAAAGCUGCUAUAUACUUGUUCCCGAUGCUGAGAGACUACAACCCCGAGGUCCCUACGGGCGUUCUACAGAACUUGCUUCUUCCGCUCAAAGGCCAGAUGAAGAGACUUCAUGACGCUGAGAAGUAUCUCCUCGAUCGCAAUCAAAACUGCAAGACAGUGGCAUCCGCCCCUAGCAUCUAUUACACCUAUGGCUCUCGACACUGUUUUCCGGUUCGUCAUUUUGAGAUGUCCAGCGAACAUCAGCGCCUAAAGGAGAAAAUUGAGUCGAAAGCGCGACAAGAUAGAGAGAAGAAAAUGAAAGAAUUUAACGAGAAGAAAGAAAAGUACAACAACCUCAUGCGCAAAUAUCACGCCAGCAUUUGCGAUUAUGACAAUGUGUUUGACAGGUGGACGGGGAGACUUGAUAAACGUCACAGCAAUGGCUGCUCCCGUCAUUCUUAUCUUAGUCAAGCCAACAGCCUGCGAAUCGAUAUUCAUGAAUGGCCGUUGCCAAGGCGAGAUCUUGAAGCGAAGUCAGUGGUCUUUGAGCUUUUGGUGCCGGUGUCGUUUGGACAAUGGCGUGAAGCGACCGUAUUCUUCCUAUUUGGAGUUUUGAAAGUUACGCCGCAAAUGGGUGAAAAGGUGCAAGGCUAUUCUUGCUCCUUAGAGAGAUAUCCUGGGUUGUUCGGAUUCUUUCAAGAACGACUCACGCCACACUUUAUCAGCCUGCUUUCCGAGGCCAAGCCACAUACGGUCACGCACCGGAAGGGCAUGGAUAUUGCAACCGCCACCGAAAAGCAAGUCUGUUUAAGCAACGGAUUGCAUUACGCAUAUUACGAUCAUCGUAGACAUUGCUUCAUGCGGUCAUUCGGACCAUCGGAGAUUAUUCCUCAGCUAUGCACUUACGAGUUGCCGGCGGCGUCGAUGGCUUUGCAAAAGUUCCUCUUCCGGCCAUCAAUGUGCCCCAACGGCCCAACGCCCAACACUGUCAUCGCGACACUUCACGAGUGUCCUCAUGAUAUGUCACUUGAGGAAUACCGAGCUCUAGCUUCGAUUCCACUGGGAUACAAUUUGCAGUGGAUCAACAUCUUGUUGCAACUCUUCGCUCCUUCGGUCGAUUUCAAGAAGCGGGAGACCGCCAUGGUCAUUCUUCAAUGCAUCCAUCAAGCAGGACCGGGUGACAACUCAGAGUAUAGAAGGGCACACACGAUUUGUCAAGACGAAAGAUUUGGAAACAAGCUGCUUGGCGGAUUGGCCGAAGCCAUUGCCCGCUAUGAGGAGAAUUGGCAGUCGUCAUCUGCGCUGGCAGCUUUCACAGCCGUAACUCGACGUCUUUUGAGCCUGACUCCAUUCGACGGUAUCCAGAAACAAUGCUUCGGAAUACUAUCUCAGGUGAGAGGCAUAACAUUUCGCUGGGCGCAGAAGCUGCGGGAAAAGGCUCAAGACGCCCACGACAAAGAAAAACUGGAUUUUCAACGCCGGGCGUUCGAGGUCCUGUUAAUUUGCGCAGACACCUUUAACAUGGACGAGCACUUUCAGCAUGACCUUUUUUACGAAAACUCUGCCGUCUCGACAUUCUUGCAGUGUUGCAUUGCUAUUCAAGAGGGCCAGAUAUUACUUGGAUCUCUGGGCGCAUUUGUCCAUCACCUUUACAGUCGUUGGCAACGAACCUCCUACCUCCACCACAGCUAUCUAGGGAAGAAAAUUUUGUCAGGCAGUAGCGCUGGGAUUGACCAUGCAAUCAGUGCAAAUUGGUCAAGCUACGAGCCCAGUCAUGAGUGGAAGAUCGUCUCUGCGACACACAGCUCGUGGUUGACCAGUCUCACUGCAGCCACAACCAGUCACCUGUUUGUACAACUCAACCUCAUCACUGGCGAGCUCCUUGUCAACGGCCUACCUCUAGAUCAUUUGCCUCCGGAAUAUCUCACCCACGUGACGUAUCAAAGUCUUUUUGGGCGGUUCUCCCUUGAAAUUUUGCCGACAGCGAAACCUGGGAUGACAUUCUCCUCAAAGCGACAUUACGCUGGCCAUGCUGUCAAUUUGGGCCUUGGCAGCGAGGGAAAUCUUUUAGUGAAUGCAAUGAAGGGUCAAAAGGAGUUCGAACUUGUCCCGAAGAGUUGUUUUGAAGGACUAUUCCCAACUAAGUUUGUCAACGACUUCGUUCAAUGGUACGACUACGAAAACGGUUGUGUCGAGUUCUGCGACGUCGAAAAGCCCUGGAAGCAUACAAUUUCCAAUUGGAAGCUGCUGAGAGAUGAAUACAAGGGAACUUGGAAGCUACAGCGUACUGGAUCGUGCCUAGUCAACAUCAACAGCCGCUCUGCAAAGCUCAUCUCAAAGAUUCUGAAGCCGUUGGAAGAUCCAUUUUCGAUCCACGUCAUUCACCUAGUGGAUACUGCAAUGGUGUCCAUAGAACUGCCUCGCGCUAUGCUUGAGUUUGGACUCAAGCGAGGGGAAGUUUCAAUAAUGUCAAGACAGUAUCGAGGCAUGUCGGUAGACCCAAAUCAGGCAGUCGGAACUCUGGUCGGCCUCAAGGACAAGCUGGUACUCAGGGUCAACAAACCCCCACACCCCGCUCUCCCUGUCGAGCGCAAGAUUUUAGUCCUCGAGGGGAAUCUUUCUUUUUUGAAAGAGGAUGGACAUAUUGAGGUCACAGUUAGCAAGGGAUUUGCAUCAAGAGUUCAUGCCUACGAAGUGGACAUCGUGCUGAAUAGGCUCGUCAGCAAUGGCAGUCGACAAAGCAAGUUGUUCCUUUGUUACUUGCACGCCUUGACGUCUUUUGCCAUUCCGGAUCCACUUACGCAUCGAACGGGUACCGAAGAGGCUCUGUCAAUUCUCAGCUCAGCAUCAAUCAGGUCUUUCGAUGUGCUGACAACAGAGAACGCCAAGCUGUUAACUGAGAUUUGUCACCUGGCUCCUGGCAGAGGCUACUAUCCUUCCCAUGAAAGGGUCAUGCAACAGGUUGACUGGAACCCGCAACUCGGCUUUUUAUCGCAACACGGUCUAUACCGCGAAUACGUCGAGGCAAUCUUCGAGCAAAAUACUCGAUCGAAGUUCUUUUCACCGCUACAGUAUGUCGGGUCACCUGAGUUGGAACCCAUGGAUUCUCGACUUCUCGCGCGGGACAACAUCCGAACGGCAAUGUUUCGGGUAUCAGGAUUCGGCGCCGAGUGCUAUACCGUUGACCACGAUACUUUUUACGAGCCAAGGGAUCGACUGGGCUCAUCGCAAGGAUUUUGGGCAUAUUCAGCAUCCAAAUUGGUUCUUUGUGAUCAGCCGAUCCUGUCUAUGCCAUUACCAGACUCCAUGGAAACUUAUCUCUGGAAGUUUCUUUCAGAUACAUUUGUUGUCCUUGGCCCGCAUUCACCUUGUCCAAUAACAGACAUCACAUACAAUGCCGAAUUCCUGCUGGAUCCCUCUCGUUUCAUCACAGAGCAUUGGACUACGCUACAGUCCACAUUGAAGACCUGCAACAAAUAUAAGCUCAUAACUUGGCUGGCAACAAUUGCCUUCGCAGAGUGUGUAGACUUUGCGGUUAUCCAGACUCUGGCUUCGUUCAGAACGAGCACUACUAUCCACAAGCUUUCAGCACCUGGGGCAGAUGACUUUCAUCUCUCAAAUGGCACCAGCUUCGUGGGCUCAACAGUGAGCAAUGAGGCCAAGGCCGAGUUCCAGCCUUUCGAUUGCUGUCCCGAAAUGCAUAUGCAGCAGCUGGCGAACGAAGAAGAGAAUUCAUUCUUGAGAAGGCGAGAGAUCGAAUUUUUAAGGAAUAGGGAGGGGGCUUUGCGAGGCUUUCUCGACACAAUCACGGCCCAGUGGCCCUGCCGCGUCCCGACUCUGUCUUCCGGCUAUGAAAAGAAGACCAAUUGGCGCACAUAUAUACGCGUCGAUAGCGCGAUGGUGAGGAUCAGGGCACAUUUCAAAAUUUGGUACGACAACCUUCAAUUUCGAAAAUAUCUUCGAGAGAUCGCUUGCUCCUUGCCGACUGCCGUCAAACCACUGGAACUAGCAAAGCCAUUGCUAGCAACACCAGAUUGGCCCUUAACCAUUCAGCCUCGGUUUCUGACAGAAGCUUCUAUUUUAAGGAACUCCUCACCGCCUCCGCAGAGCGAAGAAUUACCGAUUCUGGAUCAAAAGGCAGUUUGCAAGCGUUCCAAGAGAGUUUAUAGAUUGCCCGCAUUGCUUUCGCGACUGGGUCAACCUGAGACCGGCCAGUACGAGAGGGGUUACGUCAAGGCAUUGAUUUCAAGCAUGAAGGCUUUAGAGCGUCAUCAGCUAUCGGAAGAUCACGAUCGCCAAUCACCCGAAGAAACUGCGGAGCUGCUGGUUUCCUACCUUCACGGCUGGCAAGCAACCAUCCAGGAAACAUACGACCUCGUUGUGGGCUGUCUCCUCGGCGCUGAAGGAUCGGAUCCUUCAAGAUUCCCUAGCAUUUUGCCCGACUUUUACGCGUACCCGAGAAUCUCGACCUCGGCUCUUCUUCAGAGACUCAAUCAUUCAAACCUUGUUUUCACGCCAGCAGCUUGGAAAAUGGCAUUAACGCACUUCGGCAUAGCACUGUCUCAGUUCCAACGAGCGAAGCGGAUGCUAGGUUGCUUCAAAGACCCAGCUGCCUUGGCGAAUGAGCUCCGCAACCCCGGCCACACGAACUGGUCCCCAUUCAAGUACCCAGACACUCUGCUGCUAGAGGUCGAGAGCGGCCUCAUAGUCAGGGAGGUGCAGGAAGAGAUCGCGGCAAGCAUGAGAAGUCCGCCCGACGACGAGAAUGCCGUCAUGCAACUGAACAUGGGCGAAGGAAAGUCAUCAGUUAUUGUGCCUAUCGUGGCAGCGGCGCUUGCGGACGGAACGCGACUCGUUCGAGUUAUUGUGGCAAGGCCCCAAUCGAAGCAAAUGCUCGAAAUGCUUGACUCGAAGCUUGGGGGCCUACUUCAAAGACGCAUUUUCCAUAUGCCAUUUUCCAGGGCCGUCAAGGUCGGGCCUGCGGAAGCAAGUGCUAUUCGCCAUAUCUUUGAGGAGUGCAUGGACGUUGGAGGGGUUCUAUUAGUCCAACCAGAACACAUUCUGUCGUUCAAGCUUAUGGCAAUUGAGACCGCCAUUGCCGGGAAUGUGAGCGUCAGUCGAAUGCUCGCCAGUUCCAAGGAUUUUCUUGACAGAUUUACCCGCGACAUAGUGGAUGAAAGCGACGAGAACUUCAAUGUGAAGUUCGAGUUAGUCUAUACCAUGGGUACCCAACGACCAGUUGAGCACAGCCCAGAGCGAUGGAUGUGCAUACAUCAGGUCCUUGAAGUCAUGCGGAAACUCCUGCCAGGCGUCCAAGAAGAAUUCCCUAGCUCGUUCGAAAUUGGUCGAGAAAGGGCUGGCUGCUUCCCGCCAACGCGAAUUUUGGACGACGGUGCGAAGGCUACUUUGCUUGAUCCUUUGGCCCGUCACCUUAGCGAGGCUGGUUUGAGUGGACUUCCGAUGGGAACACAGCCUGCCUCGAUUCAACAAGCAGUUUACACCUACAUCUCCAAGACGACCCUCACACAGGUUGAAGUUGACGCGGUAGAGAAGUCCGACAUCUGGUCGCCGACUACGCAAAAUAGCCUUCUCCUCUUACGGGGACUCAUUGCCGGCCAGAUUCUCAGCUUCGUCUUUUGUCAAAAGCGUUGGAGAGUUCAUUUCGGCCUGGAUCACAAUAGACGACCAAGUACACAGCUAUCGGUACCAUACCGAGCAAAAGACAACCCAAGCGCCCGCUCUGAGUUCAGUCAUCCAGAUGUCGUCAUCACUCUGACGUCUUUGAGCUAUUAUUAUGGCGGCAUGACCGAUUCCGAUCUUUUCUUGAGUUUUGAGCAUCUUUUUCUUUCGGAUCAGGCUGACAUGGAGUACCGUGUCUGGGUACAAGACAGCUAUCGACUCCCUCACUCAUUCCAUCAACUGCCUGGUGUCAACUUGGAAGAUCGUCCACAAUGCGUUAAACAUGUAUUUCCAUGUCUGAGACAUGCCAAAGCUGUCAUUGACUACUUUCUUCAACACCUUGUAUUCCCCAAGGAAAUGAAGGAAUUUCCGCACAGGUUAUCUGCCUCAGGAUGGGACAUAGGAGAGAGGACGGCGAAUGCCACAACUGGUUUUAGCGGAACGAACGACUCGAGAGCCUUCUUGCCAUUAAGCGUCAAGCAGGUAGACCUACCUGAUCAAAAGCACACAAAUGCUUUGGUUCUCGAGUAUCUACUUCAGGACGAGAAUUCAGUGGCGAUGAUCCCAGCAGCGGACAAGAAGAACACAUCCAAGUCCGAUGCCGAAACGCUCUUGGAGAUCGUUGUCGGAUUGGAACCCCCCGCACGAGUAAUUCUCGACGUUGGCGCUCAAAUUUUGGAGCUAGAAAAUUUUGAGGUUGCACAGAGAUGGCUUGAGAUGACUGAAGAUAACGAGACGACACAAGCUGUUAUCUUUUGCGACGAGCACGACAACAUAUGUGCUGUGGAUCGUAAGGGUCGGGUAGAAAGCUUUCAAACUUCCCCAUUCGCCACUCAGACGGAUGUCUGUCUUGUAUUCCUUGACGAGGCUCAUACAAGAGGGACAGAUUUGAAACUUCCGGCUGGCUAUCGGGCAGCAGUGACAUUAGGAGCAAACUUGACCAAAGACAGAUUAGUACAAGCCUGUAUGCGAAUGAGAAAGCUGGGCAAGGGCCAGUCAGUUGUUUUCUGUGUGUCGGAUGAGAUCAAGCACAAGAUUGCUACGCAAUCAAAAGUCGACGAAUCUUCGAUAGAAGUGGCUCACAUUCUAGAGUGGUCCAUAUCCGAGACGCUCGUGGAUAUGGAGCGAGGUAUUUGGUUGUGGGCAAACCAAGGUCGUCGAUACCAGCAACAUCGAGUCUUGUGGGACGAAUGCGUGGUAGACGGAUCAACGAAUCUCACCGAUGAUCACGCAGAGAGAUUCCUCGAGGAUGAGGCUCAGAAUCUCGAGACUCGAUAUCGACCAGGUCAUCAAUCAUCAGCCGACUCAAUGGAUGACGAUGGCGCUGGCGAUGCAAUUACCGAAAGGCUGCUCCAGUUUGACCGUCGCAGCGCAGAGGCUGCGACAUUUCGAGAGGAACAAGAGCGGGAGCUCUCGCCAGAAGUCGAGCAGGAGAGGGAAGUUCAAAAAGCCCUCCCUGCUUCACCUGCGGAACAUUACAUACACCCAGAUCUCCGCGCGUUCGUGACCAGCGGUGUGCUCAAUCAACAUUCGGCAGCAUUCAUGUUUGCUUUCCAAUCCCUGUCAGAGACCAGCGCCGCUCAACAUUACGAUGUCAACAGGCUUUCACAGCAACAUGGAUUCUUGGUAACUGCAGACUUUGCUCGAACAAUAAUCCCGCUUGGCAAAGGCUACAUGUAUGGGUCGGAUCUAUUUCAAAGAUCUGUCCAGUGGAUUCUCACGAGGGCUAGUGCGAUCGACACUGCAAUCAUCAUUAGCCCGCACGAAGCGCAAGAACUCAUGUCACAUAUACAACUUUCCCGCUUUGUUUCGCUCCGUGUCUAUGCGCCACGACCAAAUUUGGGAUUUCGUCCUUUGGAUGAUCUGAAUCUCUUCACUAUUCCGCAUCGACGGCUUCCUCAGAAGCCCCCUCUUCGACUUGUCACUGAGAUCAACUUAUUCUCGGGUCAGCUUUAUGUCAAAUCAAUGGAUGAGUACCGCGACUUACGGCGGUUUCUUGCCUUGGAAUCGGAGGGCUCAAACGCCGAGGGUAAGAGCCAGCCAAGUCAAAUCAUUGAUCGGGAGUCUCUGAUGCAGUUCAUGAAAGUCUUGCUGAUGAAGAUACGGAGAAACUGCGAGUCAAUUGACAAGACUCAUGUGGGGCGAAUAUUAGAACAGAGGACUUUGGAUGCUUCAGAUUUCGAGGGCGAGAACUAG